GUAAUCCACCUGCCUUGGCCUCCCAAAGUGCUGGGAUUACAGGCGUGAGCUGCUGCACCCAGCCAAAACUCCACUUUAAUCCCAGAAGUGGCACUGGAUAUAUCUGACCUCACUUCCCACUGCCUCCAACCCUAUGAAAAAGUGACUUCAAUUGUAUCCAUUUUGCAGAGGAGGGAACUGAGGCUUGGGGAGCUCAAGUAACUUACCUAAGAUCACACUACAUGUAAAGGGAUUAGAACCCAGGCCUGAAUGACUCCAAAGGCCAGGCUGUGUCUCCCUGUUGGUGUCCAGAGGGGAGCCCGCCCCCGGAGGGAGCUCUGACCCUCUGUGUCCUGCUGCGCCCACUAAGGGAGUCCUCUUGCUGUGUCCCCGCCUCUCUGGUCCAAGCCUUCCCCCCUGGAAGCCACAGAACAAACAAGGUGGGAACUAGUUUAUUUGUUUUUCUCCGUGUGUAUUGGGUGGGAAGGGUGAGAUGUAUAAGAGAGGGCUUUUCAGACAUGCUCCCGCCUCCUGGGUGGGGUGCUAAGAGUUCCAGGAAACUCACCCUCGGUGCCCAGCCCCGCCUGGCUGGCACCAUGCUACAGAGAACAGGGGGCUGACAGCCAACCAGUGGGGCCUUGUUCUUCCCUUGCCCUGGCUCCUGGCUAAGCACUGGACCCAGGAGCCAGAGAGACGUGGUUCAAGUCCAGCCCUUCUCCCUGCAGGCUGUUUGCUGCCUUUGAAACCUGCUUCCUCAUCUGAGAAAUGGGAACAAAUGACAUCUUUGUCAUAAAGUUGCUCAUUUGUGUGAGGACUCAAGGAUGAACAGAUACGUUUCCUGCCUCCUUGCGCCCACAGCCUGGGAAUGAACCAUCCCGUGAACAGCUGGGAUAAAGCUUCCGAGGAGACGAGCACAGAUCCUGGGAACGAGCUGAGCAGUGCAGACGGGCCUGGGGCAGGCAUGGCGGAUUCCAGCGAAGGCCCCCGCGCGGGUCCCGGGGAGGUGGCUGAGCUCCCCGGGGAUGAGAGUGGCACCCCAGGCGGGGAGGCUUUUCCUCUCUCCUCCCUGGCCAAUCUGUUCGAGGGGGAGGAUGGCUCCCCUUCGCCCUCACCGGCUGAUGCCAGUCGCCCUGCUGGCCUAGGCGAUGGGCGACCAAAUCUGCGCAUGAAGUUUCAGGGUGCCUUCCGCAAGGGGGUGCCCAACCCCAUUGAUCUGCUGGAGUCCACCCUAUAUGAGUCCUCGGUGGUGCCUGGACCCAAGAAAGCACCCAUGGACUCACUCUUUGACUAUGGCACCUAUCGUCACCACCCCAGUGACAACAAGAGGUGGAGGAAGAAGAUCAUAGAGAAGCAGCCGCAGAGCCCCAAAGCCCCUGCCCCCCAGCCGCCCCCCAUCCUCAAAGUCUUCAACAGGCCCAUCCUCUUUGACAUUGUGUCCCGGGGCUCCACUGCCGACCUGGAUGGGCUGCUCCCCUUCUUGCUGACCCACAAGAAACGCCUGACUGAUGAGGAAUUUCGAGAGCCAUCUACAGGGAAGACCUGCCUGCCCAAGGCCUUGCUGAACCUGAGCAGCGGCCGCAAUGACACCAUCCCUGUGCUGCUGGACAUCGCGGAGCGCACCGGCAACAUGCGGGAGUUCAUCAACUCGCCCUUCCGCGACAUCUACUAUCGAGGUCAGACGGCCCUGCACAUCGCCAUCGAGCGUCGCUGCAAACACUACGUGGAGCUCCUCGUGGCCCAAGGAGCUGACGUCCACGCCCAGGCCCGUGGGCGCUUCUUCCAGCCCAAGGAUGAGGGAGGCUACUUCUACUUUGGGGAGCUGCCCUUGUCGCUGGCUGCCUGCACCAACCAGCCCCACAUUGUCAACUACCUGACGGAGAACCCCCACAAGAAGGCAGACAUGCGGCGCCAGGACUCGCGAGGCAACACGGUGCUGCACGCGCUGGUGGCCAUCGCCGACAACACCCGUGAGAACACCAAGUUCGUUACCAAGAUGUAUGACCUGCUGCUGCUGAAGUGUGCCCGCCUCUUCCCCGACAGCAACCUGGAGGCCGUGCUCAACAACGAUGGCCUCUCACCCCUAAUGAUGGCUGCCAAGACGGGCAAGAUUGGGAACCGCCACGAGAUGCUGGCUGUGGAGCCCAUCAAUGAACUGCUGCGGGACAAGUGGCGCAAGUUCGGGGCCGUGUCCUUCUACAUCAACGUGGUCUCCUACCUAUGCGCCAUGGUCAUCUUCACCCUCACCGCCUACUACCAGCCACUGGAGGGCACACCACCGUACCCUUACCGCACCACGGUGGACUACCUGCGGCUGGCUGGCGAGGUCAUUACGCUCUUCACUGGGGUCCUGUUCUUCUUCACCAACAUCAAAGACUUGUUCAUGAAGAAAUGCCCUGGAGUGAAUUCUCUCUUCAUUGAUGGCUCCUUCCAGCUGCUCUACUUCAUCUACUCUGUCCUGGUGAUCGUCUCAGCAGCCCUCUACCUGGCAGGGAUUGAGGCCUACCUGGCCGUGAUGGUCUUUGCCCUGGUCCUGGGCUGGAUGAAUGCCCUUUACUUCACCCGUGGGCUGAAGCUGACGGGGACCUAUAGCAUCAUGAUCCAGAAGAUCCUCUUCAAGGACCUUUUCCGAUUCCUGCUGGUCUACUUGCUCUUCAUGAUCGGCUACGCUUCAGCCCUGGUCUCCCUCCUGAACCCGUGUGCCAACUUGAAAGUGUGCAAUGAGGACCAGACCAACUGCACAGUGCCCACUUACCCCUCGUGCCGCGACAGCGAGACCUUCAGCACCUUCCUCCUGGACCUGUUUAAGCUGACCAUCGGCAUGGGCGACCUGGAGAUGCUGAGCAGCACCAAGUACCCCGUGGUCUUCAUCAUCCUGCUGGUGACCUACAUCAUUCUCACCUUUGUGCUGCUCCUCAACAUGCUCAUUGCCCUCAUGGGCGAGACGGUGGGCCAGGUCUCCAAGGAGAGCAAGCACAUCUGGAAGCUGCAGUGGGCCACCACCAUCCUGGACAUUGAGCGCUCCUUCCCCGUGUUCCUGAGGAAGGCCUUCCGCUCCGGGGAGAUGGUCACUGUGGGCAAGAGCUCAGACGGCACUCCCGACCGCAGGUGGUGCUUCAGGGUGGAUGAGGUGAACUGGUCUCACUGGAACCAGAACUUGGGCAUCAUCAAUGAGGACCCGGGCAAGAAUGAGACCUACCAGUAUUAUGGCUUCUCACACACCGUGGGCCGCCUCCGCAGGGAUCGCUGGUCCUCGGUGGUACCCCGCGUGGUGGAACUGAACAAGAACUCGAACCCGGACGAGGUGGUGGUGCCUCUGGACAGCAUGGGGAACCCCCGCUGCGAUGGCCACCAGCAGGGUUACCCCCCCAAGUGGAGGACUGAUGACGCCCCGCUCUAGGGACUGCAGCCCAGCCCCAGCCUCUCUGCCCAUCCAUUUCUAGUCUAGCCGCAUUUCAGCAGUGCCUUCUGGGGUGUCCCCCCACACCCUGCUUUGGCUCCAGAGGCGAGGGCCCAGUGGAGGUGCCAGGGAGGCCCCAGGACCCUCUGGUCCCCAGGCCCUGCCUCCCCACCCUGGGGUGGGGGCUCCCGGCCACCUGUCUUGCUCCUAUGGAGUCACAUAAGCCAACGCCAGAGCCCCUCCACCACAGGAUUCAGGCCCCUGCCCCUGCCUCUCCAUUAUUUAUUUGCUCUGCUCUCAGGAAGCGACGUGACCCCUGCCCCAGCUGGAACCUGGCAGAGGCCUCAGGACCCCGUUCCAAGUGCACUGCCCAGCCAAGCCCCAGCCUCAGCCUGUGCCUGAGCUGCAUGUGCCACCAUUUUUGGCAGCGUGGCAGCUUUGCAAGGGGCUGUGGCCCUCGGCAUGGGGCUGUGCCUUCUGUAUGUUCUGUAGAGCGUCUGGGAUUUGCUGGUGCUCAAUAAAUAUUUUUUCAUUGAUGGUG